AUGAACAUUGGUACAAAGGCCAAUGUAACUGAAGCAAGGGCUUAUCUAACCAACGAGAGGAAGUACAAAGGGAAGCAUCCAAACUUGAAGUGCCAACACUGUAACUACCCUGGUCAUGUUAAGGAGACAUGUUGGAUCUUGCACCCAGAAUUAAAACCUGAUUUCAUGAAAGAAAACAAGGGCUCACAGAGGCUGAAUCGUACUACACAUAGAGCCAACCAUGCAUCUGUCUCCAUCUUCAAUGGAUCUGAUACACUCAAGAACUUCACAGCAAAUCCAACUGCACUUAUAAAUGAGUUUGCAUCGUAUCUUCAAAGCAAAAAUGGAGGGGCUGGAAGUAACCAUACAACCAGUAUUGAAGAUGGAAACUCGUCAGCGUUGCUUGGCAAGUUUGCUGGUUUUCUGGCAGACACUGAACACAUACCUCAACAAGACAUGCAAGGUAUCAUGAAUGCUUUCAAAACUGCUCUUAAUGAUUGUGUCACCAAGAAGACGAUUGGUGAAGGGUUUUAUCUAGAUGGCCUCUAUUACAUAUCAAAGAGCAAUCCCAGAGUUUUUCAAACCAAGUCCACCUCGCUUCAAGAUAGCCAAUUGUGGCAUCAACGUUUGGCUCAUCCUUCGCAACCUAUUUUGUCAACCUUGUUUCCAAACCUAGGGAAGGAUUCCAUUUCAUGUGAAACCUGCCAUAUGUCUAAGGCCACUAGACUACCUUUUAGCUCGUCUUUAUCCAGGGCUAAGCCACAUGGUUGUACCUUUUAA